ACAAUGUCCAAAAUUGCUACGGUUGUAAUCAUCGGGACCUGCGAUACCAAGCUGCAGGAGCUUCUCUUUCUUCGCGAGAGGGUUGAAGAAACCGCAGGAGGAGUUCAGACGCUCCUCAUAGACGUCGGACGGAAUCGGUGUGCCCACAAUGCCAUUGCCAUUCCGCAGUAUGAGCUCUUGUCCACCUUUGGCAGGGGCAAGGCCAAGGGCAAGGACGCGAUAGCAGACUUGACCAGAGGUGAAUUCGUAACGCUCAUGACCGACUGCGCCUCUCAAGCUGUGAAAGGACUAUACCAGCAGGGCCUCAUCCAUGGCAUCGUCUGUGCAGGAGGCUCCAGUGGCACGGCGCUCUCCGCUGCCGUUAUGCGUGAUGUGCUUCCGGUUGGAUUCCCCAAGCUCAUCGUUUCGACAAUGGCGAGCGGCGAUACCAGGCCCAUUGUCGGCGAGACGGACAUUGCCCUGAUGCAUUCUGUUGUCGAUAUUGCCGGGCUGAACCCCAUCUUACGCGACAUUCUCAGCAAUGCCGGAGCGGCGAUUGCAAGCGCCGCGCUCUCAUACGCUGCCAGACGGAACAAGAAAAGAUACGGUGCAGCAGAGGAGUCGGAGUCGAUGAAGAAGUGGCGGGUGGGCAUUACCAUGUUUGGUGUGACAACGCCCGGAGUCGACGCCAUUCGCUCGCAUCUCGAGUCCAACUACCCCGUCGAGACUUAUGUUUUCCACGCCGUUGGCACUGGAGGAAGCGCAAUGGAGCGCCUCAUUCGCGAGGGCCAGCUCGACGCAGUCAUCGAUCUCACGACGACGGAGAUUUGCGACCACCUGUUUGGCGGCGUGCUCUCGGCUGGAGAGGGACGGCUGGAUGCUGCUGUUGAAACCAGUCUGCCAAACAUUGUCUCCUUGGGGGCUCUCGACAUGGUCAAUUUUGGGCCGAGAAACACGUUGCCGGAAAAACAUGAGGGAAGAGUCAUAUAUGAGCACAAUCCAACCGUGACGCUGCUGAGGACCUCGCCGGAUGAGUGUCGUGAGAUUGGAGCCUUCAUUGCCCAGAAGCUCAGCAAGACAAAGAGGCCGGACAUGAUUGAAGUGUGGAUUCCCAAGGGGGGAGUCAGUAUGAUUGCCGUUCCUGGAGGUCCAUUUGAGGAUCAACAGGCGGACAAGGCGCUGUUUGAGGCGGUCAAGUCGGGAUUGAGUGGCAGCGGCAUCAAGAUUGUUGAGGAUGAUAGAGAUGUCAACGAUGGAGGGUUUGCGAAAGAUGUUGCGGAAGCAUUGGUUGCAAAGCUGGGACUGCAGAAGAUCUGAUGGUUUUAUUUUGCUACUGAAGCGUUUAUAUAGCUCACGAAUCGUAUUCUAGUGGAACUUGCUGUUGAAAUUCAUCAUACAUGCACUCGUUUAUAUAAAAAUCUGGAUAUUUCAUUCAUUGAUGCC